AUGGCGAUGGCGUGGAGCGGACACGUGAUGAAGGAGCUCUUGUCUGGGAAGAGAGAGAGGCCUUGCUCCUCCGACGUUUUCGCUGGGAUCAGGCGAAGGAAUAGCACGUUGCCCGAGCCGACCGACAGGUUGCGCUUCUGGAUAAACACGAGAUCGGAAGCGCGUCCAAGCGCGUACCACAUGAUGGAUAGGAGCGCAGCAUCCUGA